CGCGUCGAGACUGAGGCAGAGCAGUGCGGCAGCCCUGCUGCAGGAGCACCGCGGCGUGGACGCAGCGCCGCGACCUCGGGGCAAGGCGGCAAGGACGGGUUGGAGGCUGAGGAGCCGUGGCUGCACAUCGACGCCACCUUCUCGCUCGCCUCUGGAGUCGGCCACGCCAAGCAGGACUCCGCGGCCAGCGGCACGGCUGGGGACGGAGGGGCGGACCGCGCUGUCGCCUCGCAGUGUGCGGAGCGUGGAGCGGCCUUGGAAGCCGAGGCGGGCCUGGAGAAGCACCUCGCAGCGCGCGGCAAGCGGCACGCCUGCCAACACUGCGGCAAGGACUUCCGCUGGGCGGCCGAACUUGCAAGGCACUUAAGGACCCACACUGGAGAGAAGCCUUUCCAGUGCAAAGUGUGUGGGAAGAAGUUUACGCACUCAGGCGAUUUGAAGGUGCAUGAAAGGAUCCACACUGGGGAGAAACCCUUCCAGUGCAAAGUGUGCAGAAAGAAGUUCACCCAAUCAGGCUACUUGAAGGUGCAUGAAAGAAUCCACUCUGGGGAGAAGCCUUUCCUGUGCAAAGAGUGUGGAAAGAAGUUUAACCGAUCAGGCAGUCUAAAGGCGCAUGAAAGGAUCCACACUGGGGAGAAGCCUUUCCAGUGCGAAGUGUGUGAAAUAAAGUUUGCCCUCUCGGGCGAUUUGAUAAGGCACGAAAGGAUCCACACUGGAGAGAAGCCUUUUCAGUGCAAAGUGUGCGGAACAAAGUUCUCUGAUCAGUCCCAUCUUGCGAGGCACAACAGGACCCACGCUAAGAAGAAGCCUGUUUAAUACGUACCAAGCUUUUAUGUAUGUGGAGACUUUUUCGCCAGCGGCCCGCCUCUUUAGUUGCAAAAGGGUUUCCGCUAAGGAAAAUCUUUUCAGCAAUAUUACUGUCGGUGUAAAUUCUGUGUACCAUCGUAUUUUUGAAUUCACGUGAUGGCGCGUGACUGACGUAUUCAUAACCGUUCACUUGUCACAAUUUUUCUUCUCGUAUUUGUUAAUGCAUCAAACGCUCUCCACCUUUGGUUGGACAAAACACUUUAAACAGUGUUAGGUUUCUACGGACUCGCUUACUUUGUUUUUUGUUGUUUUUUUUUCUUUUGUAUUGCAUUUGAUUGUUAAGGGAUGUUUAUCUUAUGUUGUAAUUGAGUCAUUCAUUGGUCUUAUGAAAGUUGCUUUUCCGUUGAAUUUUCUGACUGUGUUUCUGAUUUGCGGACGCUUUGUUUUGGUUUUUGUGCAAUAAUGAUAAUGCGUCUUUGAUUGGGUUGGUAAAAAGUUGUUCGUUAA